AUGGGUCAGCUAAAGGCAAUGCUAGAAGAGAGUGUACUUGAUCUGAGGAAGAUUCUCAAUAAUAUCGGAAAGUUUUCCAAGUACCCAAAGUUACUCCAGGCCUUAAUGAAGAAAAUGUGCGUGGUCUGGAGUCAGGAUGACGAUUCUCGACGUAUUCUUGCCCUGAUUAUAUUAAUGAAAGCCGUUAAGAAGAAUCCAGACUAUUUUAGUAGUUGCUCAAGAGAGGAUACACGCGCAGUUUACAACUGGCAGUUUAUUUGCAGUUUGCGGUUUUGGUCGGAAUUUGUCGCUCGGAAUGCUAAUUCCUCAGAACUUACCCGAACCCUAAUUCAUCCUCUUGUGCAAGUCAUCCUGGGCACAGUUAGUCUGGUACCCAGCCUACCCUUGCUGCUAGACGUGUUCCGUCUCUUCGAUUUCAACAAGCGCUCCUCGAUGGCCUCUAGCGCUCCAAUGGAUCUCCGACUGAUGUUGCACUUUUCCCCCAGCCAGCGACGCGAAACAGCCUGUCUGGAUGCUGUACGAGCCUUCCUCAAGACCUGCCGUGUCGCCAACUUUACGCGCAAUUUCAAAGUUCUGGUUAAAAAGGUGACGGAACAUGCAGACUUUGUGAAGAAGAAACGCUCGUCUAUCAAAAACCUGACGGACACACAGGCUAUAGUAAGUUGUUCUGUUUUCAAUCCUCCAUGUGGUCCACGACUUUCACGUGUGCGUGUUUAA